AUGAUUGCUAAUCAAUUGCCACACCUUGCUAAUCUCUACUUCCUUCGUCGUUUUCCACAGGCCAAAUUAAACAAGACCCAGCAAGUUAUUCUCUGUGGUCUUGGUGUUCAACGCAAAUCCGUGAAGCAGCUGGCUGAAGAGCUGGAACACCUACUCUGUCCCGAUGGUGGACUCCAAGGCAGUCGUAAGCAUCAAUCCACUCUUGGAGCCAAGAGUUGUAUAGACGGAACGUUUUGGAAUAGUGGACGCCUCAGUGGUGGCUCUGGAAGUGGUGACCCGAGCGUGAAGCUCAGGCUGAAAGAGGACGGAGAGGCGGAAUCUGGUGGCCAGUCAUCCAACGGUUGGGCUCGUCGUAUUCGUGGUCUUCUCUUUGUCAUUAUUCGAGAGUUGGUGAAGUCACUGGACGAGAUUAUCAAGACUACUGGAGAUGGGAGCAAUCGCCAUGAGUUGAAAUCUAUGCUGAAGAAGAACGAGACCACUUUGCCUCUUCCUCAGAAUACCUCUGAUGUUGAAAUGAUGGAUAUUGGUGAGGGCGAACAGAAUGAAGACUCUUCAGAUGACGAUGAGGUGGAAUUGGUUAUAAGGUGA